AUGCCACCAGCCAAAGAAGACACAUGGGCGUUUCAGCCGAUUGGAGCGCCGUUCCCGGACAAUCCAAUUCGUGUUCCUGGACAACAGAAUAUGUACGUGGCUCUGUGGUACAAAUACGGAAAGCCGAUUCAUGGACGAGCAUGGAAUAACAACGGCGGUGUGGAAUGCUCGUUCCCGUACAAGAAAGCAGAACUCACUACAAAAACUGAACUCGAGGGACGUAUACAAAUUCUUACAUACAAGGGCAACUUCAAAACACUUGGUUAUUGGUAUGAAUGGCUUCCACUGAAAGCUCGAUUCGACGACACUACUGAUCGAGAGCUUGUGAAGUGCGGUUCGUCAACUCCGAUUCUGAUGACGUGUGCCGACAAGGAGAAACGUCUGGGAUACCUCGAUUUGAGUACAGAAAUUGCUAUGGUCGGCUAUAACAAGAAAGUUGAACAAAUAGCCGGCGGAGCAACGCAGGAGUGCCUUGGAAUCUUCCGUAACUACAAGCAACCUCCAAAUGUGAUCGUUGAAGAGGAUCAAUGGGAAGAUACGAAGUGGGGGAAUGAGUUCCCAAAAAAUGUUGAACCGGCGAUGAAGCGUGAACUGAAGACGGCAGCCGACGUCCCGAAAUAUCAGUACGUUGCGUUGUGGUACAAGCACGGUGAGCCAGUAUUCGGUCGUUGCUAUCCGGGAAAAGACGGAAAACUCAUGGCCAGUUUCGGAGCGAAAAAUCAAGAAAACUGUGGGCCGGAAAUAGGUUCGCUGCAAAUUUUGACGCUACCUGAUCCAAGCUGUAUGGGUCUCGAGUACAAAUGGAUGACUCUGGCAGACGCGAGAGCAGAAGAGGCAAAGAAGUGGGAACCGGUACAUGUCGGCACCGCUGCACCAGCAGUAUGUGUCGACGAUUCUGGCAUCGAGGUGCUUGGCUGCAUGAACCUGACUAAUGAGACAGCUUCGAUUGGAUUGAAUGGUAAGCAAAAGAUGUUCACUGGUACGGCUCCGAUGAAAUUCAAUGUGCUCCAUCAUAGAAAGCUCCAUUGA